AUGGUUGGAAUACUGCGUCUUUCUGUGAGUUCGUAGUUUUCUCGAGAAAAGUUUCGGGAAAACCUAUGGGGCAUUCGUCCGGUCUCACUUAGUGUACGCAGUCCAGGCCUGGCGACCGUGGUUGAAGAAAGAUUAUCAACGACUGGAAAGGGUACAGGCGAUGGCUACGAAGAUGGUCAAGAAUCUUCAUCAUCAGCCUUACGAAACCAGGCUGACCGAACUAAAUCUGUUUCCUCUAAAUUACAGGCAAAUGCGCGGCGACCUCAUUCAAACCUACAGGAUUGUCAGAGGUCGGGAGUUUGCCCUAGACUUAGAGGAAUUCCUCGAAUUGGCCGGCACUGACCGUCUGCGUGGUCAUCCCUUCAAACUGUAGAGGAAGCUGGCCCAUUCGGACGUCCGACGGAACGCCUUCUCUCACAGGGUCAUUGGGGCAUGGAACGGACUCCAUGAUGCAGUGGUUCAUUCCGAAAGUAUCGAUUCCUUCAAGUGUAGACUUAAUGCGCAUUUGUUGAGAAACUACUGUUCAUACAAUAACGAUUGUUUUAGGGGCGGCAUUUUUCGCAUGGCUCACACUUACCGUGAAUUUUUAAAUUUUCGCAUUUGUUGACGUAAUUGAUCACUUUAUUUCUGUUUAUCGAUAUGAAUAGGGAGCACAUGGGCGAAAGGAUCAUUCCCUUAAUAAACUGACUUGAACUGACACUUAACGAAUGCUUUUCGGUAAUUUGGAUCUCCUCGGCUUGUUGUUUUUCUUCAGACACUAUCUUAGCCCGCUGAAAAAUAUCACGAAUCAAGGGCAGGACAGAAACGUCGUUCUGAAGAUGGAAUCGACGAUAAAGUCUGCGCAAUCUGCGCCGAAAGGGUAAGAGUAGGAAAACCCAAUCAUCAACAUUAAUAAUUGUCUUAUGGCGGACACAUCGUGAAAUAAGUGGAUCCAAAAUUUCGUACAGAUUUCCAGCGCAACCAUUUACAUCAGAACUAAGGCAGUAAUCAGUCCAGUCGUACGAAUUAAGGUAUGUUAAUAAUUCGGUUGAGCGAGUUGAUCGGAGGUCGCGGAAAAAGUUAUACUUUGGGAACAACGUUUCGUCAGCCUCGACUCACAAAGUUGAAACAAUUAUGUCAUGGUCUGAGCCCUCAAGUUGGCCAAGGGAUGACACUGACGAUGGGAUGCAGCCUCUACAAAAAAUCAGGUCAAGUUUGCUUGAUACUCGGGUGGGAAAAUCGACCACCUGAGUCCACAUUCCAACAUCCACAGCCUCAAGAAAGUCUUCGAACCUUCUGGGGCCUGAAGGCGGAGACCAGCGAACAUCAGGGAGAUUAAUGUCGCCCGCAACCAAUUGAUACUUUAAGCUUGAGUCGGCCGCAGCAAGAAAUGCCUGUGAGAGUAAACGAUCAAAAUUGUUUUUGUCAUUGUGAGGGCAAUAGACACAACCAACGAGUAAGGAGAAAUUAUUUUUUGGUGAAACCUGAAGUCAGCUGCUGCCUUCAAUUGCGGAAAAUUGCGGUAGGUGUGCCGGUCACGGAAAGUCUUACAUGGCUGGUCGCAUGUAAUCGUCCUGUAAAAAGCGAUACUUAUCAACAAUUACAUACUCAAGUUCUCUUUGAAACACAAAAAUUGUUUUGGUCUACAUCAGUUCAGUUGGUAGAGAGUAUCGUGGUCGGAAUGCCUGUUGGUUGAAAAAAAAUUUCCUGCUACAUAUUGGCGCUCGUUUUCCCUUGUCCUUGCAGGGACGAACGAGUAGGCGAGUUGUCCACGUAAACAAAGGGAGGUCCGGCGUUUUUAGAAAGUUACCAUGAUCGCAGGUGUUCCGGAACAUCCAAGACAGGGCACACCUUAGCUACAUGUAAGGUAGAAGGCAUGGGUCAAGCUCUAUUGGCUUAUUCUGAUCCGAUAGAUUCUUAUAAAAGUCGACUAUCAUCCUUGUACUGCAUUUUGCCUGUUCGAGGAUAUCAGUAUCGUAUUAUAUCCAGGGUGGCCAGAGUGAAAUCACGGAGUUCUAAAUUUUUUCCCAACUCUCCCCGUAAUUUGUUUAAAUACUUCAAAUAUUCAUGAGAUUUACCCACCAGUCGCUUGUUCUUUAUUGAAUACUGGCAUCGUCUUGACUGGUUAUUAAGUUUAUUUUAUCUGCAAUUCUGCUAUAGUUCAUAGACAUACUGCCGAACAAGUUCUAGGCAAAAAUGGAGUCUGAGAUGCCAUUGAAAUUCAAUGUUGACUACGAAGGCGACCAUCUUGAAUGCCAACUUGUAAAGCUGUUUGAUCCAUAUUGAAUCCUGCUCUCUAUAGCGUCUGCUUGACGAGCUAAAAUGUCUUGAGCUGCAGCAAAAAAGAAGUCCAAGACAAAUUAAAUUUCAGGAGGUUCUUCGGAUUGAAUUAAAGGAGCAUGAGGUAUUUUUUGUUCAUUUAUAUAUAAUGUUUGAUAGAUUCGAUUCAAUGGCAGCUGGUGUGUAUUCCGAUUAUCGGAAGACCCACGCAAAACGCAUAAACAAAAGGAUUUUCUGCGGACGGUGCUCAGUGCAAUUCUGAAGUAUUGGAGAGAAACGUUCCCAAAGUAUAAUUAUUGGUACGACGUUAAGUUUCUGAUCACCUCAAAUUUAAAGCGACGACUCGCUCUUAGUAGCAACUGAGGCCAUGUAUGAAUUGAUAAAGGAAGAAACGUGUGAAUUAAACAAAAACGCAUGUUUUCGGGAUGCAGAAAUGUCGCUUGUCCACCCACUGGAUAAUUAUUUUAAGGAAUCAAGAUUGAAGAACUUAAACUUUGCUUCAUUGGAGAAGGUUUUACUCAUUUCACUUUUUAACCAGGGUUAAAGAGUCUUCAGGUCUCAAAAGCAAGCAAGCAAAUUAGAUACUUGAAAUUAUCCGUCACAUCGAAAUCCACGAUUGACAACGCUCCGGUCGUGAUGCUUGCUGUAUCUUCUCUGUCAUCAUCCACUGUUGUUGACCUUAGCGGGGAAAAAAUUGUAAGUUCUCCGACACAAAUUCGAAACGACUAUAACCGUUGUCCAUCUUAUUCCUGAGGCUGUCAGACAGUUUUCAUUUAAGGACUUCUUAUUAUUGAACUAAGGGCCUUGUUGUUGUCUUUGUUGAUUUAUCUCCAUUGCAACGUUCCACGUCCUGUUUAUCACUGGUGAUUACUUCGCGCAGCACUCCCCUUAUUUUGAUAAACGGACUGGUGCUAGAAGAAAAAAUACUGUUAGUUCUGUAAUAGUGCUAGGAAAACAAUUGUCUUCUUCCCAUCUUGUGAUAAUUUCAAUAUAUUUAGUUUGAAUCUGUGAUAUCUUAUUGGCAUGUGAACAUAGACACAUGCGGCAAAAUCUGAGCCACCUUCACACUCCACAUGCCAUCAAAAAACACUUCGUUGCGAAGAAACAAGGAAAAUUCGCAUCUAUGACGAACCGUCUAAUUUUGAAAUUUUAUUUUGGGCAAACCACUGAAAUCGUACAUUUUGUUGGCGAAUUUUGUAAGUGGAAUCGGCUGAUGCACCGCACUUUUAUGGUGGGAACACACACAGAAAUGUGGCUUGUCUAUGACCGGUUUUUUGCGGACGUUCGCAUUUAAGCUGUUCGUUAUUCGUCCCUUAGAAUAGAGAAAAGUAAAAUAUCAGACCGCUGCAUUUUGACAUUUUGAGGCUGAAAACGCUAUUGUCGACCCUACGUUUAUGUCAAAUAAGGGCUGAUUUUAAGUAGGACCGCAUUUAAAAAAAAUUUAAAGUAAUUUACCUAUUGUGAAAUUUAUUGUGUAUGAUUUGUAGGACGAAGACCUUUUAAAAGUUCUCAAAGUUUCGUUCAAAAUCAACAAGUCAUUUCGAGGUCUGACAAUGAUCAAUCCCCAAGUCGACGGGUUCGUGGCAAUUCCUUGUUGCGUGCAUUUUUGGAGGGCCGUAACCUUAUUUUCGUAACUUAUGAUGAAGAUUACUUAUACUAUUACGUAGCAUGUCGGACUUUUGUCUCCCUUAAACGUCUGGCCCAAGAGUCCGGCGAGUGAAUACCACCGGGUAAACCCCAAUGUUCUAUGCUAUCAAUCAUGCGAAUUAGGUGAUUUCGUUCUUUCAAUAUCCAUAAAGACAUGAACCGCGCGAUUGAUGGCGUUUGUUCUGUUUUUCCUUGUCUCACAGCUAUGGGUACCGUCACCUAUAAAAUUGUAUCUUGCACGAAAAUCAGCACAGAGUAGAGGAGUUGCACAACGGUCCGUAUUACCUCAGCCUCCAUUUCAGUAAAACCACCUUCACUUUCAGGAGUGAUGCUAGUUUAUGUCUUUCGAUGAUCACUUAUAGUCGGGGACUUAGACAUCGACAAGCAGCACCAUGUUGACGGGUAUGACUUUGAACUGUAUACAAUUUCCCUGAAUUGUAAUAAUAAUAAUAGUAUUUAAUGCCAGUUUACAGGCAUUGUCAAGGAAGCGUUAAACACAAAUCCAGCCAGCAUUUGAAAAAAAAACAACAGUCAAAAAGGAAUAAAAAUGAAGUUGAUGGUGGUUUUUUAUAGUUUGGAGGGUUCAGGAGAAAAAACUGCUGCACAUGAAAUGCUGACAGUCAAGAAAUGUAGGAGCAGCACUAUCGGAUAUUAUCAGUCGCCAAUUCCUUUCAUGAAAUUGAUGCUGGUGCGAACAGAAGUGCCGAAGAACAGUUGUUACUGUUGGCUAAAGAAUUUGUCCAUGAUGAGACCGGUCAUAGAGAUCAGAGAUCAGGAACGCCAUCACUACGGUAUAGUCGAUCAGUGGAUUCAGAACCCAAAAUUUGUGGGAGCUUUUCUGAAUGCGAAAAUUGAGUAAUAGUUCUUUAAAAAAAUGAUGAUUUUGCAGAUUUUUCACAUUCCUGGGUAGUUUAUUCCAAAUAGCAAUUGCAUUUACAGAAAAGAACCAACGAUAUUAAACAGUACGCGUCAGAGUAAGAAAUAAAAAGACCUCACUGUGAUUGUUACGUCGAGAGUGGACAAGAUGUCUUAAAGUAGUGAGUAGGUUAAAUAAUCAGGCCUUGCGCUAUAAUAUGGCAAAACUAGUACAAAAAUUAAAUACUCUAUGACACACUUGAGGAAACAUUGUUCAUUUAUGAAAACGCAGUGUUUAGUCCGAUUAUGAGUCACACAUGAGGCAAAGAAACCGAGCACAAAAACGUCUUUUUUCCUUUCUUCUUCAUUCAGUUCCUAAACAGAAGCGCAUCGCCCAACUGAGUCUCGUAGUUCCGUAGUUCCUCGAGCGCAGAUAAAACUUCGGAUAUGCAGAUCAUUUAGCAAGCAAGGAAGAUAUGAACCUCGAAGUACGAACGUAAGACCCAUACGAUAUCAAAGGUUUCUGACAACCCUAUCAUUUGAAAAGCUUGCUUAGUGGGACUCAUAAAAUCGCCUACCACUGCCCUGUUUGCGUUGUUUGAGAUGAAGAUAGCGGUUUUAUUUAGAGAUUAUUUGGAAAGGAGUACAUUUCUUCAAAAUAUGUUUUUUCGUUCAUACUACAAAUGUUAUAUUAUCGUUACGGCCCUCAACUUUUUAAAAAAUCCUCAAUGGUCUUUUUGCCCACAAUUUAACUACUUACUUCUGUCCUACCACAAUAGUGCGUCUUAAUGUUUCCUUGUUCACAGAGGCUUUUUAUCGGAUGCGCUCAAGUUCCUGUCACCGUUUUCUCUCCUUCGACUGUUGGACGUUUCUAAUAAAUCCAAAAACGAGAAAGACAAACACGACGACCGCGUGCUUAAAGGUCUUAGUGCGAACGCUGCCCGAAAUCUCGUUGACUUUCGAAUAAACGGCCAGAAUUUGAGCGCAGAGGAUGUAUCACGUUUAACCUCUGGUUUUCGAAACAGCAUCGUUAACGUCUCUGCGAACACCCUCCCCCUAAUUUCCCUUUCUCUAAGCGGAAAUACGGUUAAGAUUGAGGUACGUUCUAUUUGCGGAUUAUUUCCUGUUUGGAGAAAGCACAACCGAUGUUUUAUCACCUUAUAAAUUUGUAUACGUUAGUCGAGGUUGUUUGUCGGUUUCCGGUUAUGAGAUUUUACAAACGCACGUUAAUUUAUGGGAUUGCAUAACAUUUUCUGCAAGCACGUAUUCACAGAACACUUAAUACCGUACAUCAACUCUACGAAAUUUGAUAUUGGGGAAAACGCCAUUACGGUUGACCAACUUGCAUAUGUUUUUUUUCCAGAUGUGAAAGCAGCGUUUUUUGCUUCUGACAGAGGUUAACCUUGUCGCAAGGAAAGACUGCGUGCCGGAUGGCGUGACAUGGUAGACAGUAUGGAGAUUUCAGACCGGGGAACUUGACUGCGCUUGUUGAUGUAGGACCGAAAAUCUAGAGUAUCGAAGUUUCAGUCGGUAAUCAGAUAUUUUUGGACCAUAUUCCGAAACAUCUUAACAGAUGUUCAUCUUGGAUUUUUCCAACAGCAACGACAAAUGUUUGAUGCUCAGCUCUAUGCCGCCGCCUGCAUUCUUUUCGUUCAUUAUAUCAAAUCACAUUUAAAGAUAAAAAAAGCACUUGGACUAUGAAACAGCAAGAAAGCAUACGUUGUGUGAUCAGCAUGCUCUUUGGAGGCCGAGGCCGUAAACGACAAGUUCGCGUAUUUUCUGCCCCACACCGUCGAGGAUUUGUGGUAGUGUUUUCUUGAACGAAAAUUUUUGUAGACCCUCCUUGAAAGAUAAAAUCGGUCAUAAGUUCAAUAUUAAGAUGGAUUAUCUGGUUGCUUGCCGAAACUCAGGACACGCCUAUUGCUUGUCCUUGGGGUUUAGCCAAAGCAUAACACCAACCGUGUACAGGUGGCUAGUAGCAUGAAACACACCACCUUAGCUAAUGGGCCUGCUCUAAUUGGAAAUUCUAAUUCCGUUUGGUCUGCAUACCAUGACUCCGACAUUUUUGCCCUGAAUUCUACUUUUUUUGAUGAUCUUGAAAGAAUUAUCCUAUCUGCUAACUUUCCGCAACAAAGUCAUUUCCGGUAAAUCCACUCAUGUUUCAUGCCGCCUACCCUGCAAAAAUUUGGUAAAAAAGGGUAAACUUCUAAAGAAAUACUUCCUUUCGGAUUUGUUUGAAUUUUUUGGCAAUUAUCCAUAGGGUUAGUCUUGUUCAAUGACUGCAUAGGCCGCCAGAGACUUAUAAUUGAGUGUUACAGUAACUUUUCGUGCGGGCAUACUGCUUCUUUCACUUCCGGCUAUUCAUUUGCACUCAGCUGGGAAUGCGGGACAAAAUGGCCGUCCCCUGUAUCCAAGCACGAGGUGUUAUUUUAUAAAUGACAGAGAUUAGACCUUCUUGCCUUCUCAAAAACAAAUUUGGUCUCUGCCUCUCUUGAGUCGCCGAUGGUGUGAUGCGUUAAGUUUUACUAACGCUUAUCUUAAAUAAGAUGCUCGGGACAGUAAGACCGGACCUCAACGAGUGAGUAAACUAGUGGUUUCUGGAAGUUUACAAGAAAAGUGAUCAGAGUUCAGAAAACUUGUCGAGGUACUUUUAUUGACACUACUUCGGAAGGGCGUGAUACUUCUUCGUACCUUGUUUUGAAUUUGAUAAUGGCUGCCAAAUGACUUCAAAUGUAAUCAAACGAGAGCACAUUGCGUAAAUCCCAGGUAAUAUAGAAGGUAUAUCGGUAUCUUCAGUAGGUAGACAAUGAGUGAAGGCAUAAAAAAAGAAAUGAAUUCAGUACGGUGCAGUUUGGUAACUGGAUGGAAGGAGUUUCAAUUGCAGAAUAACUUGACCUGAAGCAAUUGUUUCCAAUUCAAUCGAGUAAUCGUUUUUACGAACGAUAUCUAAGAGGGGCAUUGUACGCAAUAUUUCUAUGCAGCUCAAACAUCAUAUGCUUUAAUGUAUGCUUUUAAGUUAACCAAUGCGAGUUCACCCAGAUAUGAAUCUGUAAUUGUCCCAGAAUCCUGACAACUGGUAUGUGGCCAUUGAAAAGCUAUUGCAUUGCCACAAUGCCAAUUUGGUUCCCUUUCUUGUAGGACCUUCAGUACCUACUUUCUGUUUCGCCCUACCUGCGAGAACUUCAACUGGACGAAUGUCAAUUGGACGUUUUUGAGGUGACGUUCAUUGUUGUCUUUUGUAUAUUUCCAUUUCUUAAGGAGGUGUUUCCUCGCUUUCAUUCUUUAUACUGA